GGCUGCCUUCAGAUGUGCAUGUGUGUGCUGGCACGGGGACCGUUGUUUUCCACCAGAAGGGAAUGGAGGAGUGCGUAAACUGAAGAGGAAAUCGCUUUUGCCUGCUCUUACAGUAGUUUAUCCCAUCACUCCGUACUCGUCAGGCAAGUUUAGGACGCGUGAGACAGGUACAGCUUUAUUUUCUGCAGCAUCUGCUGGUGCCAAACGCGAGGAGGAGGAGGAGAGGCGAUGCGCCUUGCGGAGUGAGCAGAGGCUUUUCCUGGACCUCCACAUCUUCUCAUACAGUGAGGGCGAGAGGGAGGCGUGAUCGUGCGGCGCUUUGGAGAGAGUUCGCGGCGCUCUGAUGCGGUGGAGGUGCGCGCAAAAAGCCCGCAUGCGACGCGUCUGUCAUCAACAGAGCUUUGAGAAGCAGAAACUUUUGAUGGCCAAAUCAAUGGCUGUUUUAGUGCCCCGUGAUUCUGUGCACUGAAGUGAUUUGGAAUGAAGAUCUUAGUUUCUCUCCCGCAUUUAACGGAUCUGACAGACCAUUUCGUGUUGGCACCUCGGAUGGAUUUGCGAGUACAAUAAACAGACGUUUGCCAUUGCUAAUAGUGCGCAAACGCGCAAAAGUUUAAGUUGGCUUUGCCAUCGAGUUGAAAUGAGUGGGCUUCUGCAUAACUUAAUUCACUAAUUAGCAUUUUUAAACUCGCUUCAGCUACAAAAACAAAAGCACAAAAUGAACUUGUACGUCUUGAGUCUCCUUCUGACCUUGGAUUUAGCCACAGUGGCCGUCAGUUUAUCCACAUGCAGCACUCUGGACAUGGAGCAGUUCAAAAAGAAGCGGAUCGAGGCCAUCCGCGGUCAGAUCCUCAGUAAACUCAAGCUGAGCAGUCCUCCGGAGAUCUACCCCGAGCCUGAGGAGGUGUCCCGGGACAUCAUCGCCAUCUAUAACAGCACACGGGACCUGCUGCAAGAGAAAGCCAACGAGCGAGCGGCCACCUGCGAGAGACAGCGCAGCGAGGAGGAGUACUACGCCAAAGAAGUGCACAAGAUAGACAUGCAGCCCUUCUACCCUGCCGAGAAUGUCAUCUCUCCAACACAUUACAACCCGUACUUCAGGAGGCUCAGGUUUGACGUGAGCUCCAUAGAGAAGAACGCCUCGAACCUGGUGAAGGCAGAGCUCAGGAUCUUCAGGCUGCAGAACCCAAAGGCCCGUGUGUCUGAGCAGCGCAUUGAGCUUUACCAGAGUAUGACCGUGCGUCUAACACAUUGUCUGGUUUCUGCGCGGUUCACAGGUAUAGAUGACAGCUUUGUGCACGGAGGGGAUCUGAAGAUGUUUAAAAAGCGCCGUCACAGCGGUCAGUCUCCACACCUGCUGCUGAUGCUGCUCCCGUCAUACCGGCUGGAGUCGCAGCACAAGAGCCACAGACAGAAACGCGCUCUGGAUGCGGCCUUCUGCUCCAGGAAUGUGCAGGACAACUGCUGUUUACGCUCUCUCUACAUCGACUUCAAGAAGGAUCUGGGCUGGAGGUGGAUCCACGAACCCAAAGGUUAUAACGCCAACUUCUGUGCGGGAGCCUGUCCGUAUUUGUGGAGCGCAGACACCCAGCACAGCACCAUCCUCGGCCUCUAUAACACCAUCAAUCCAGAAGCGUCCGCAUCUCCUUGCUGUGUGUCUCAGGAUCUGGAACCCCUCACAAUCCUUUACUACAUCGGAAAAAACCCCAAAAUCGAGCAGCUCUCCAACAUGAUUGUCAAGUCCUGCAAGUGCAGCUAGGAACCGAUCAACUCCGUUUCCGGGAACACACAUUCACACAGACAAACACACAGUAUUUAAAACCCAAUCACACACAUGCUGCGCAGAGUAUUUCCUACAAACUCUCAAAUGAUACCAAGAUGAUAGGUAAAAACACACAUCUGAAUGUGUGAACUUGUCGACAUGUGUCUCAUCACCCGCUCAUCACUCUAUGGAUGUGAGUUUGGCAAACACUGGAAGUACGUGAUAGGUGUUUAUAUGUGAAGCAAGCGGAAGAGAAAAUCCCUUGUUCCAUUUAUUUCAAACAAACACUUCUGUUUUGUUUUUUGUUGUUGCUGUUGUCAUUCAUUUUGUUUCCCUCAAAAAUACGGAUAUGGUUUGUUUGGUAAUAUAUAAAACCCAUUAUAUUGUUCACCAAUACUGGUGAAGAGCUGGAAACUUCUGGCAAACUGUUGCCGCAAACUGUACAGUUGUCGCAAAUGAACUUCGAGUUCGGUGCAAAUAAAGCCUUUUAUGCAUAAGGGUUGGCGACAGAAAGAUGAUAUAUUCCGGAAAGGUUCAUGCAAGCCUCAGAAAGACAUAGUUUAGCCACCUUGCAUGGUGUAAAAAAGGCCAAGACCAACAAGUCAUGUUGUUCCAAGCACCCAAAGACGUUUUGUUGCAUUGCAAAGAGUCAUUUAGAAACAUUCUCUACACAAGUACGCAACUGCAGACGCGAAUGCUGAAAAAAACCAUUGCAUUCUUGUAUCACUGUGGCAGAAAAAAAUAGAGUUUCCAUCAAAUGUCUGUGCCAUUAAGCCAAAUGUUUAAUUAUGCAGAUAGCUGGAUAAAAACAUGUAAAUUCUCUUCAAACGGUUGCUUUACCAUGACAGGAAUUGAUCUGAAAGAGAAGACGUUUUGUGCGCCCCUGAGAAAGCAACGUGUACUUGUGAUGUUAGUUGUGUUUCAAAACUUAACAGCGUGUGAAACUGAGCUGGCAAAGCAAGAAGUGUUUACGAUUAUGUAUGUAUAUGUGGAAGUGCGUUAAACGCCUUAUUCUGAAGUUUAUAAAUUUA